UACUUGCACAAUACAGCAAAAAAUAGCAGCUGUAGAGAGGCCUGUUUUUCUUCUAUCCCGAAAUUAGAUUCACUGUAGUGUACCCCAAAGUGCUCUCAAUAGAGUGGUGCUGAAGUAGCCGCUUAGAGUAGAUUUACCUGGGCACGACAUACUUAUUCUUCGAGGUGAAGCAACACUCAAGGAGCAGGAUAGUUAUAACUGUGGUGACGCAAUCUCGUAGUAGAAAUUGACAAGUCGCGGUUACGAAUACAAACGAAAGAACCACAGGAAGGAUAAAUAUCUAGCUGUAUGUGGACGUCCGAAAAGUGUGUGAUGAAGUUUUCACUAGCCGCUCUAGUGACGUACUUUUUGGUCUGCCUCAUCACUGCUGAUGGUUACGAAGCGGGCGAGACAAAGUCAAGUUGGCCUAGAUCUGCAGCACGUCGUGAUGAGGGGCCUCGAACGACAAUGGAAAAUGUCGAGUCUCCAGCACACCCGGCACCUUCUAGUUCGCCCACAGCUGUGCUGCCUGCGCAGCCUACUGACGGGCGGACGUUUAUAGCAGCAAAAGGGAGUGGAGGAGAAGAAUAUGACAACGACGACGAUUAUGCGGGCUCAAGAAAGAUGGGCUUUGCUAAAGGUCGCAGAUGGCGGGGCCCACGUUGCGCAGUUGAACCUCCGAGUGAAGAAUGUACAGGUGGUUUGACAAUGUGGUAUUAUGAUCCAGAGAACAAAACCUGCGCUGCUCACGAAGUUGGGAACUGCUUCAGACUUGGGUUUUUCUUCUGUCGAGUAUGUGUGGCGUCAUGUAUGG